CGGCCUCCGGGAUGUCGCAGAGGAAGCGCAGCCGAGGCUCUGGCUUCUCUCAGGGCGAAGAUGGGGACGAGGAGUACACGCUGAGCCCGGGACACGGCCAGGGCGGCCGGAGCCUGGAGCGGCGCUCCGCGGAGCAGGUGGAUCAGAAGGUCAGCGAGCUCGUCCAGUUCCUGCUCGUGAAGGACCAGAAGAAGAUCCCCAUCAAGCGCUCCGACAUCCUGAAGAAGGUCAUUGGCGAGUACAAGGACGUCUACUCGGAGAUCAUCAACCGGGCAGGGAAGACCCUGCAGCAGGUGUUUGGGCUGCAGCUGGUGGAGAUCGACACCAAGCACCACGUCUACAUCCUCGUGAGCACCUUGCCACGCGCCGAGGGGGACAACCUGCGCCAGGAUGACCAGACAGCCAAGCUGGGCCUCCUCGCGGUCAUCCUCAGCUUCAUCUUCAUGAAGGGCAACUCUGUCAAGGAUGGGGCCAUGUGGGAAUUCCUGCGCCGGCUCCGCGUGCAUCCCGGGGAGCGACACGAGGUGUUCGGGGACGUCCGGAAGCUGGUGACGGAGGAGUUUGUGCGGCAGAAGUACCUGGACAUCAGCCCCAUCCCCCUGACGGACCCCGUGGAGUUCAAGUUCCAGUGGGGCCCGCGCGCGGCCAAAGAGACCUCCAGGCGGGAGCUGCUGCAGUUCGUGGCCACGAUCCAAGGCAAGGAGCCCUCCUUCUGGACGAGCCAGUUCAAGGAGGCCGAGGGGCGCCCCGGCCCCCUCUGAGCCCCGGUGGAUAUUCCUCCA